AUGGCGGGCACGACGGUAUCUCGCGCUCUCCUCCUGCUCGUCGGCGUCGUCCUCACGGCGCAGCUGUGCGGUUGCACGGCGGACGUCGGUCGCGGCGACGGGUUCAGCGUGGAGUUCAUCCACCGGGACGAUGUCAGGUCGCCGUACCACGACCCGUCCCUCACCGCGCACGAACGCCUGCUCGCGGCCGUCAGUCGGUCCACGGACCGCGCCGCGGCGCUCUCGCGCUCCCGCGUCGGCGGCGGCGCCAUGAGCGAGGUCACCUCCAGGCCGUUCGAGUACCUGAUUGCCGUCAGAGUCGGCACGCCGUCCACCCGGAUGCUCGCCGUCGCCGACACCGGCAGCGACCUCGUCUGGCUCAAGUGCACCGACAACACCGAUCCGAAACGCGCCCCCGCCCCCGGCAAGGACGUCGUGUUCUACCCGGCUAACUCGACGACGUUCGGCCACGUGGACUGCAAGUCCGGCGCGUGCCGCGCGCUCAAUGGCGCCUCCUGCACCCCCUCCAACCACUGCCGGUACCUCUACACGUACUUCGACGGCUCCCGGACCAGCGGCCUCCUGUCCACGGAGACCUUCACCUUCCACGACGGCGUGACGAGGCACCGCGACGAGGCCGCCUCGUUGCGCGUGGCCAACGUCAACUUCGGCUGCUCCACUCAAAACGCCGGCACGUUCCCGGCAGACGGCGUCGUCGGCCUCGGCGGCGGCGCGCUCUCCCUCGUCACGCAGCUCGGCAACGACGCAUCCAUCGGCAGGAAGUUCUCCUACUGCCUCGUCAACUUCUUCUUAAACGCCUCGUCAGCGCUCAACUUCGGCGCCCGCGCUCAUGUGACGGAGCCGGGCGCGGUGACCACGCCGCUGGUCCGCUCCCAGGUGGACACCUACUACACCGUGAAGCUCGAGUCCGUCAAGAUCGGCAAGUCCACCUUCCAGCCGCACCCGCACGGGUCCUCCCUCCUCAUCGUCGACUCUGGCUCGUCGCUGACGUUCCUCGACAAGAGCGUUCUUGACCCGCUGGUGGAGGAACUGACCAAGCGGAUCAAGCUCCCGAAGGCGGAGUCGCGGGAGAAGCUCAUGUGCUUCGACAUCAGCGGGGUGCCUAUGGGACAGGUCGUAGCGAUGGUACCGGAUGUGACGCUGGAGCUGGGCGGCGGCGCGGCCGUGACGCUCAAACCGCAAAACACGUUCGUGAUGAUGCACGAGGGGAUGAUGUGCAUGGCGCUGGCGGCAGCGUCGGAGCGGAACCCUGUGUCGAUCCUCGGCAACAUCGCGCAGCAGAACAUGCACAUCGGCUACGACCUCGACAAACGCAUCCUAACCUUCGCACCUGCUGACUGCGCGAACUCCUCCCCUCCUUCGCCGCAUUAG